UAGGGCAGAGAGGAGAGAAAGAGGGCGGGAGUGGAAGCAGAGAACUGAAGCUCAGGGGCCCAGGAUGGUGGGAAGAUGGAGGACGUGGCGGUGAAGCAGGGCUUCCUGUACCUCCAGCAGCAGCAGACUUUUGGGAAGAAAUGGCGCCGGUUCGGGGCGGCGCUGUACGGAGGGUCGGGCUGCGCCCUGGCCCGGCUGGAGCUCCAGGAGGGCCCGGAGAAGCCUCGCCGGGGAGAGGCCCCCCGGAGGGUCAUCCGCCUCAGUGACUGCCUGCGGGUGGCUGAGGCCGGAGGGGAGGCCAGCAGCCCCCGGGAUACCAGCACCUUCUUCCUGGAGACUACGGAGCGCCUGUACGCACUGGCGGCCCCCACUGCAGAGCGGGGUGACUGGAUACAGGCCAUCUGCCUCCUGGCCUUCCCCGGCCAGAGGAAGGAGCUGAAGGGGAAGGGCGGCCUGCCCCGCAUGGAGGAGAAUGAAUUGUACAGCAGUGCGACCACAGGGGCCCCCUGCAAGGAGUUUGCUGUGACCGUGAGACCCACAGAAGCCAGUGAGAGGUGCCGGCUCUGGGGAUCCUACACCCUCCGGGCCGGGGAGAGUGCCCUGGAGCUGUGGGGCGGCCCUCAGUUGGGCACCCAGCUGUAUGAAUGGCCCUACAGGUUCCUGCGGCGCUUUGGGCGGGACAAGGCAACCUUUUCCUUUGAGGCAGGCCGGCGCUGCAUCUCAGGGGAGGGCAACUUUGAGUUUGAAACCCGGCAAGGCAAUGAGAUCUUCCUGGCCUUGGAAGAGGCCAUCUCUGCCCAGAAGAACGCCUCCCCUCCUGGGCCCCCAACCCAGCCAGUCCCCAACCCUGCGGUGCUGCCCCGGCCGGAGAGUCCCUACUCCCGACCCCACGACUCACUCCCACCACUAUCGCCCACCGUCCGGGUUCCUGCCCCCCGGCUGCAGCGGGGCCCAGAGGGGGAGUACGCGGUGCCCUUCGAUGCAGUGGCACAGAACCUGGGGAAGAGCUUGAGGGGCAUCCUGGCCGUCCCUCCCCAGGCCCCGGCCGACCCUCUGUACGAGAGCAUCGAGGAGCACCCGCCCUCCCGACACGACCACAUAUACGAUGAGCCUGAGGGGGUGGCCGCCCUGUCCCUGUAUGACAGCCCACAGGAGCUCCGGGGUGAGGCCUGGAGGGGGCAAGCCGCAGCUGACAGGGACCCCAGCGGCCUCCAGCAUGUCUACCCAGCGGGACAGGACUUUGCUGCCUCUGGCUGGCCACAGGGGACUGAGUAUGACAAUAUCAUGGUACUUAAGAAAGGCCCAAAGUGAUGGAGGGUGGAGGAGAUGCGGACUCCAUCAGCUGCCAGGGCUGAAGUGGUCCUGUGCACGCUGGGCCGGGCUUAGAGCCUGGUGAGAAGGCGGGGGGGCAGGUGGGCCUCCCCUUCUAGCUUCUGCUGCGACUCCUCCUGGCCACCGCAUCCCAGGAACCUCCCUCUGCUCCUUCCACAACCCUAGUCUUGGCCGCCUUAGUCUGGCCUGAGGAGUUGUCCCUCCCAGGGCCAGCUGGGUGAGUCACCAUCCCAAAGCAGGAAGAGUACCCUGAAGAGAUCCACACUUCUCCUACCCCUUUUCCACUUCCUCUUCCCCCCGCCCCCCACCGGCCUAAAUGGAACCUCCAGAUUUAGGGCAGAGGACAAAAGGAUGUCAGCAAGUCGCCCUGGCUCCUUGGCUUGUGCAGGCCACCUGUCUGCUGGUGUCCCCUUCAGGGGACAUCCGUGGCUCCGGGCAGCCUGGAGGAUGGCUGCAGCUUCCUGCAGGUUUUGGACUUCUCUGUGGCAUAAACAUUUCUGAAAUAUUUCUGUGCGGCAUGAGUGUAUGGGGGGGGGAUGGGACAGGCACAGCCCUGCUGGGGGUGAAUGCUUCAACCAGCCACCACUGACACCUCCUCUCCCAGCAGCAAAGUCCUCUCUGGGCCUAAGCUCCAACCCAAGCGUCAUCUACCCACAGAGGUAGAAGUCUGUGCAAGUCAGGGUGCCCCAGGAAAGAUCUUCAAGCAUCUCUAACCCUUUGCUGGGGUAGGGUCAACACCAGAAAAAUAGCGGGGAAGCUGUGUGUGUGUGUGUGUGUGUGUGUGUGAGAGUAAACCUGGACUGGAAGAUAGGCAAGAGUUGAGCCUCUUCAGCGUUAGAAAUGGAACUACUCCCACUCAAUCCCUUGCCUUCCUGAGACUUGCCCUCUUCGCCUGUAAACUGAGGGGGUUCCUCCAUGUAGGCACUGAGAACCCUUCCUGCUCUGAACUUCCCCAUUGGCCCUUGUAUCCCAUUUCCCCACAGGCAGGCUCUGUGCUGUCUCCUCUCAUCAAAACCCGCUCCCAUGGAAAGGGAUGUCAGUAUGUUUCUGCUACAGGCCAACUCAGCCAAUAUUAUGGGGCACUGCGUGUAAGGCCUGCCCUGGCCUCAUGAUGCUUACAGUCUAGAGGAGGCUGAGAUGGGGGCACACAUGUCUAUCACAAAAGGUGGACAUAAGUGCCACAAGAUGUGAAUCAAGGCCUUGGGGAUCAAGGGACAUAGCUGUUUGUUGGGGGACCAAGAAAGUUUUCAUAUCGAAGGUGGCAUUUAAGGUGGACCUUCAAGGGUGGGAAGCAAUGUGAAAAGAGCAUCCCAGGUAGAAGAACGUGAAUGGAGGUGUAGGGGGAGGUACGUAUACACUCAGGAAAGACUUCUACAUUAAGAAUGGAGGGGACAUGGGACAAUCUAGUUGGGAAGGCAGAUCCUAACCGUGAUGUGGAGGAAUUUGUACCUAAUUAAAGGGGAAGGAGGAAUGACAAAGUC